GUAAAAGCCGGGCAACACUGCGCAUAAGUCGAACUUCUUCGAACUUUAGUGAAAAUACGGAAAAUACCAAGGAUCGGCGAACCAAUCGAACUUUAAGGUCCGACCAGCUCGACGUCAAAAGCGAGGCCCGCCGAAACGUUUUUUUGCAAUCAAAAUGCAAACAAUGCAAACUCGUACUCACGCAGAUUUUCGCAUAACAAAAAUGAGCUGGCCGAAUGCUCAUGGCGUUUGAGAGAGGAUAUGUUGAUUAACUGCCGUCUCCGUUAGAGAACAUAUCCUCUGCACGGGUGUUUUGCUGCCAUGAACUCCGAUGAAGAUGUGUUGCUCGUUCUGGGAUUGCUGGCUCAAUGGAUCUGCACAACAAACGCUGCCGUGUAUCAACACUUGGCGCGGAGAUUGCCGUCUUCCUGGGAGUCCAUCCAAGCUAACCGACGGAAACCCAAAAAGAGAGGGCCUUACUGCCAGCCAAGAAUCAAGUGCCUCCUGCUGGAGUACCUCAACAACGAAACCCUCGACUUUAGGGAGCACUUCAGGAUCACUAGGAGCUCCUUCAGGAACCUCCUUAAGACCCUCUGGGACGACACGGACACCAAGUCCCACGGGUGGUCGCACGAGACGGAACUUCUCAUCUUUCUCUUCUGGCUCGGUUGCGGUGCAGUCUUCAAGGUGGUGUCUGCCUGUUUCAACACGCCAAGGACCACCACGUUCAGCGUCGUCAACCGCGUCCUCGAAAGAAUUAUAUCAAAGCUCGACAGAAUGGUCUACUUCCCAACGUCCGAAGACCUCCGGGAAAUCAAAGCCAGUUUUGCGAGCUUGGCACGCGACAACAAGUUCAGGAGCUGUGCGGGAGUCGUCGGUAGCUGCCACAUCCAGGUCCAGGCACCAGAGUCGAUGCACAUGGACUACUACUGUCGCAAGAGGGCAUCCUACUCGAUCCAGAUGCAGGCAGUAUGCGACCACAGGGGAGUCUUUCUCGAUGUCUUUGCAGGGUACCCCGGCAGCGUGCCCUGUUCGCGCGUCCUCGAGAACAGCCCACUCUUCGUUGGCGCACUGUACCCGCCACAAGGCUCGACGCUCCUCGGCGAUUCAAGCUACCCGUGCAUCGAUGCGCCCGUCGCCAUCGCGACGCCGUACGGCGCUCCGCGGGAUGCCGUGCAGAGGCACUUCAACGCGGUCCACGCGAGGGCGUGCUGCGUCGUGGAGCAGGCAUUUGCUCUGAUGAAAGGCAGGUGGAAGUCCGUCUUCACCAAGCCGCUCCAGGUGUCUAUCCAAAAGGCACCCCAAGUGGUUGCGGCGUGCGCGGCAAUGCACAAUGUAUGCACCUGCCUCGGUGACUUUUCCCUCGAAGCCGUCGUGGAGCAGUGCAGCCUGCAGGGGGAUGAGGCCGAUGGAGAGGCAGUGGAGGAGACUGACGAGGCUCUGGAGGCGGUGGAAGACGACGCGGCGGGCACCGCGUGGAGAGACGAAAUUGCUGCCCGACUCGUUUGCCCUCCCUCCGAACUUCAUGAUCACAACUAUCGUCUGACGGUGUAGGCUGGCACUUGGAUUCUCGUUCAUCCGUGUGUACAAGUGAGUGUGUGCGUGCAAGUUACAUAAGAAAACACUUAAAGUUACACUGUACUCCCAGAAAAGAAUAUUUUCUUUUAUAAGUGAAAAGUACAUAUGUCACAAAAUAAACUUUCCCCGGUAAAGUAACAUUUUUAGCGUAAUGUUUACAUUGAGAGACAUCUUCUGUGUCAGGAGCGAUUCAGAAGUGUGCUUCUAUUUUGAGAUGUCAACCCCAAAAUAGAAGCAAGUCUCUGAAUAGUUUGAACGAGUCUUGCGAGUAAAUGAUAUGCUACAAUUUCUUGUCGGUUCUUUCAGAGCAAAGAUUUAUUGUUUGACAUUCGUGCCCCAUCCAGGUAUGUAACUAAAAACGUUUUUUGGGAGUUCAGUGUUGCUUUAACGUGCUCAUCAAUCUCAUAUCUCAGUCUUCGCUUGCAGAGCGAGCACAUGUAUAAUUCGUUGUGUUUUUUAAUGAGAAGUCGGAGGCAAACAAAAUGGAAAGAUCUCAUUGCAGUUUGCAUCUUUACACUAGACCUAUUGCUAAAUUACCCAAGCAUCAAGGAGAAUGCUGGGAAUGUAGGUGCACGCAGCCACCUCCCCUGUACAAAACAUUAAAAGUAAAUAACCAAAAUCAAGCAUCAAUGAAUGGACAUGCAAGAUGCCAUUGUUUUACUUUCGUUUUAGAUCCAUUAAUGACGCGGAUGCUGGCACGUGCAGUGUGUGUAGCUAUGCUCGCAGCAUAUGUUCCUUAGUGCUUGCCUAAUUUAGCAGAAGGUCUGUUCCCCGAGGUUGCGCGAUGAAAACUAGCUCUGACUAGCACGAGCUUUAAAGAAUUGGAAUAUCUGCUCCAUGAGCUCUGUCUGGCGUUCCAUGUUGUGCAGCAGGCGCUCUGUCAGGUCGUCGGAGCGUCUCCGUUUAGGGGGAGGGCGAACGGGUUCUUCCUCUUCCUCCUGGAGUUGGUCUUCUUGAAGGGUCACGUCCUAAAGGAUGAAUGCAGAUUUGUGCAAAUUUACUUCAACAAUUGUAUCAGGGUUUCGAAGACACCAAAUACUGUCAUUAACCAAAUUUUCGCGAGGACCUAUAGUCUGCUGCAGGUUAGACCGAACUCUGGACACGAGGAGGUGAAGGGGCUUGCCUCUUCUCCAGAGUUUGCUCUGCUAAAGUGGAAAGAGCGGAAAGCUUUGCGAGAGGAGCUUGUCUAGUCCUUUUAGAAAGUGUAGUACUUGAUUUUUUUUGUUUGUUAGUGAACUCUACACUACCUAGAUGGUGCCACCCACUAUCAUGUCCACCUUUGUCCCAGGGUGCGAGGCCCCGUGUUGAGGCCCCGUGCUGAAGCCCUUUCAGUAAACAGUGUGGCCUGAACUUCUAA